AUGGAUCCCAAAGCCAUGAAGGAAGAGCUCCGACUGUUCCAGAGCACGUUGCUCCAGGACGGCCUGAAGGAGCUUCUCAACGAGAACAAGUUUGUGGACUGCACCUUGAAAGUCGGCGACCGGUGUUUCCCGUGCCACCGCCUCAUCAUGGCUGCUUGCAGCCCUUACUUCAGGGAGCUGUUCUUUUCAGAAGAUGGGAAGGAAAAGGAAGGGAGUAACGAGGUGGUCCUGGAGGACGUGGACCCCUCCAUCCUGGACAUGAUCAUCCAGUACCUCUACUCGGCCGAGAUCGACCUGACCGACGACAACGUCCAGGAGAUCUUCGCCUUGGCCAACCGUUUCCAGAUCCCCUCCGUCUUCACCGUGUGCGUGAACUACCUGCAAAAGAAGCUCUCCUUGGCCAACUGCCUGGCCAUCUUCAGGUUGGGACUGGUGCUUAACGUUCCCCGGUUGGCCGUGGCGGCUCGCGACUACAUCGCCGACCGGUUUGAGGCCGUCUCCAAGGAGGAGGAAUUCCAGCAGCUCGCACCUCAUGAGCUCUUCGCCCUGAUUGGCGGCGACAGGCUCAACGUGGAGACAGAGGAGCUGGUAUUCGAGGCGCUGAUGAGGUGGGUGCGUAGCGACAAGGAGAAGCGAGUCAAGGCGCUGAGCGAAGCCUUCGAGUGCAUCCGCUUCCGCCUCCUGCCGGAAAAAUACUUCCAGGAGAAGGUGGAGACCGAUGACAUCAUCAAGGCCGACCCAGAGCUCCUGAAGAAGGUCCAGGUCAUCAAAGACGCCUUCAGGGGCAAGCUUCCCGAGAAGAAGAAAAAGGAGAAGAAAGAAGGGGAGGAGGUGAACGGGGAGGCGGGAGCGGAGGGCGAGGAAGAGGAGCUGUUGCCGGGUUACCUUAACGACAACCGGAGGCUCGGGAUGUACAGGCGGGACCUGAUCCUGAUGGUCAACGACACGGCGGCGGUGGCGUACGACGUCGGUGAGAACGAGUGCUUCCUGGCUGCCGUGGCUGAGCAGGUGCCGCGGAACCACGUGAGCCUCUGCUCCAAGAAGAACCAGCUCUUCAUCAUCGGCGGGCUGUUUGUGGACGAGGACAGCAAAGAAUCGCCGCUUCAGUGCUAUUUCUACCAGUUGGACAGCCUGGCAGCUGAUUGGGUGGCUUUGCCCCCCAUGCCCAGCCCCCGUUGUCUGUUCGGGAUGGGCGAGUACGAAAACCUGCUUUUCGCCAUCGCAGGGAAAGACCUCCAGACAAACGAGUCCCUCGACUCAGUCAUGUGCUACGACACAGAGAGGAUGAGAUGGAGUGAGACUAAGAAACUGCCUCUGAGAAUCCACGGUCAUGCGGUCGUCUCACAUAAUGGCCUAGUAUACAGUAUUGGAGGAAAGACAGAUGACAAUAAAACCACAAAUAAGUUGUUUGUCUAUAACCAUAAGCAGUCUGAAUGGAGGGAGCUCGCCGGUAUGAAAACUCCUCGGGCCAUGUUCGGUGCAGUCAUUCACAAGGGGAAAAUCAUCGUCACUGGAGGCGUGAAUGAGGAAGGCCUCACAGCUGCUUCUGAGAUCUACGAUUUCGGAACAAACAGGUGGGAGACAUUCACCGAGUUCCCUCAGGAGCGCAGCUCAGUGAAUCUGGUGAGCAGCGGCGGGUCUCUUUAUGCUGUCGGAGGUUUCGCCAUCGUGGAGCUGGAGAAUAAAGAAGUCGGACCCUCAGAACUCACUGAUGUCUGGCAGUAUGAGGAGGAUAAGAAGCAGUGGAGCGGUAUGCUGAGGGAGAUGCGCUACGCUUCCGGUUCCUCCUGCGUUGGUAUGCGCCUCAACGCUGCCAGGAUGCCCAAACUCUAA